ACUUUCUGACAUUUUUGGAGGAGAAUCUGCUUCCCAACCGUCCUUGUGUGUUUGGAGAGUCCUUCACUAGGGGAUGGAAGGCACGGCAAGAAUGGAGGAAUGUCGGCGACACACCUAACAUAGACUUUUUGGAGGAACAUUUUGGUGAAUUGCUACAAUUUGUGACCUGAUAUUAGUCUCUGAAGCAGAUCAGUUAAUGUGAAAACAAGCCUGGUAGAAGCUCAGUUAUAUACUACAAUUACGAGCCGUAGCUGAGAUCUUUUGUAACAACCUCUUUUAAAGCUGUGGACCCCUAUCCCUGCCCCUGAGCAAUGCGAAAAAUGCAGUAAUCCCUAGGUAAAUCGCUGUAAUAUGCGGGUCAUCCCAACAAUAGCCGAGUGGAUAAUGUUGAUCAUUGUGAUCAGAUCAAGCGAUCAGGCAAUCUCGUUGUGACCUUGCUAGCACAGGCAGGCUAUAAAUAUAACUAUACUGGAGUCUUUGGGCCAUAGAAGGACAUGUAGUAGUCCCUGUGGCUGAUUGCUCUUGUGUUGAAUUCUCUACUCACCGUAAAACUGAGAUGACGCUGAAGGAAUAUGCCCACUGGUGGAGGUCAAAGGGAAAAUCCAGAACACUGUAUCUCAAGGACUGGCAUUUCACCAAAGAUUUUCCCAACUACAAGGCGUACACUGUACCUGACUUCUUCAAGAGUGACUGGCUGAAUGAAGUGUGGUCUGCAAGAUUGGAUGUCUCGGAUGAUUACAGAUUUGUAUACAUUGGUCCCAAAGGAACAUGGACUCCUUUUCAUGCUGAUGUGUUCAGAUCAUACAGCUGGUCUGCCAACGUGUGUGGUUGCAAAGAGUGGCUGCUCUUCCCACCGGGAGAGGAGGAGCUUCUCAAAGACAAGUUUGGUCAUCUGCCAUUCGACGUUACCAGUAGAGAGCUGGAGAAUAAAGAGCUGUAUCCUAAUGUACACAAAUCUCGUGGGCCCAUACGAGUCGUGCAGAGAUCAGGGGAGAUCAUUUUUGUUCCAAGUGGAUGGCAUCACCAAGUGAGAAACACUGAGGACACCCUCUCCAUUAAUCACAACUGGACUAACUCUUGUGGCAUUGGGUACAUGUGGUCACAUCUACAGAAUGAACUGGUAUUGGUAAAGCGGGAGUUGGAGGACUGUCGAUCAAUGGACAGCUGGGAGGAGCAAUGUCAGGUUGUGCUGAAGGCGAGUGCUGGGAUGGACUAUUGGGAGUUUGUGCAACUGCUCUCUAUUGUUGCUCUGUCAAGGCUGAAUCAACUCAAAGAAAUUCUCAUCCCAACCUCGAAACUGUACGAAGGCUUCUUCUCACUGCACACACUAAUUCGAGAGACGUUAUCCAAUCCAUUGAAAGCUAUCACAUUUCUAGAAUCUACCUCUGAAUUUGAGAAUGCUAAAAAUGGAGAUGGCAUGCAUCUGGUUUUGUCUUCACUAAAAGAUGAAGGUGAAUCCCAGAAGAAUUUAACUGAACUGUUGCCCAAUUAUCAUAUUCAGAAGCUGUUUUGUGAAGAAUUGCCUAACAUUGAAGAAGAUAGAACAAUUCUAGUGUUGUUUAUACUAUAUGAAUUGUGCACUCUUUGUACUCUCAUUCCGAACGUAAUUAUGCUAUCCUCCUGAUUUGUCUUUAUCAAAACAUUAGCCACUC